AUGGCCUUCAUGCAAAAGACUAGGGGUAGUGUGGAAAAAGAAAAAGUUCAGAUGGAUAUCACAAAACCAAGAAUUCAAAGUGUAUGGAUUGGCUUCGAUGAGAAUGAUGAUCCAAAUGGGGAAGGAAGAUGGCAAGAUAUUCAAUAUGAAGAUAUACCUCUCUAUUGUACUUAUUGCAAACAUCAAGGCCACACUCUCCUUGCUUGCGCUAUCAGUAAAAGUGAUAAAGAAAGAAAAAAGGCUAUAGAGAAAGAAGAAGCGGUAAAGAAAAAUGCAUCUUCACAUAACUCAGAAUUCGGCGAUAUUUUUUCCAAGGUUAAAGAGUAUGAAGAUUUGGUGAAAAGUGCUGAAGACAAUCGAAUAGCAUACAAUAAUGAUGAGAAUAGGACGAAAUUGCAUGCUCUCAAUGCCGAAUACAUCAAAUUUUUAAAAUUAGAAGAAAACAUUCUCAAGAAAAAAACUCAGCUUUAUUGGUUUAAGGAUGAGGAUGCUAAUACUAAGUAUUUCCAUGCCUUAAUUAGAGGUAGAAGAAGACGGUUAUUUAUUCACAAGUUUAUCAAUGAGGAGGGAGAUUGGAUUCAGGGUAAUGAAUCAAUUGCUAGAGCUGCUUAUGACCACUUUCAAAAAAUAUUUACCACUGAAGUGUCUCCAAUUCCGGAGAAUAUUUUGAACUACAUUCCUAGAAUGGUUACAGAUGUUCAGAAUGAUAGUCUUCAAGCCAUGCCUAGCCUUAAGGAAUUGAAACAUGGGGUUUUCUCCAUGAAUACUAAUUCUGCAUCUGGUCCGGAUGGUAUGAAUGGAAAAAUUUUCCAAGCUUUCUGGGAAAUUAUUGCGGUGGACCUACUAGCAGUGUCGGGGUUUGUAAAAGGAAGAAGCAUCUCAGAAAAUAUUAUUCUAGCACAGGAUAUUAUUCAUGAUAUCAAGAAGCCUACUAUUGGAGAGAAUGUGAUUAUCAAGUUAGAUAUGGUUAAAGCAUACGAUAGAGUUUCAUGGUCCUAUACUUUUCUGGUACUGAGAAAAAUGGGGUUCGGUGAGACCAUCAUUGAUAUGAUUUGGAGAAUCAUGGCUAAUAAUUGGUACUCUGUCAUUAUUAAUGGGUCUAGACCUGGAUUUUUUCUCUUGACCAGAGGUCUCAAACAGGGUGAUCCACUUGCUCAUGCCUUAUUUAUUUUAGGUGCGGAAGUGUUGUCUCAAAUGCUCAAUAGUCUUCAUAAUUAUCAUUUCUACCAUGGUUUUUAUAUGAAGGAAAGAGGCCCACAAAUUGAUCACUUGAGCUUUGGGGAUGACAUUAUUAUCUUCUCUUCUGGUAGAAAGAAAAUUCUUCAGAUUAUCAUGAAGACCUUGACAAUAUAUGAACAGACUUUGGGGCAGCUUAUAAACAAGAACAAGAGCCAUUUCAUGAUGAUUUCUAAUGCAAUCCAAGACAAUCUGAAUACGAUCAAACUGGUCAUAGGUUUCACUCAGAAGCAUAGUCCCAUGACUUACUUAGGCUGCCCUCUUUACAUUGGCCGAUAG